GGCAUCCUUGUGCUAUAGAAGUGUCGCGCGUGUACCAAACAAAAUGUCACAGUCUCUUUCAAUUUCAAAAAGGGAGAGAGAAAAAAAAGAGAGAAAUGGUACAGUGGUGUCUCUUGUGCCCAAAUGGUGUCCACCAGUACUGCUAAUCACCGUCUAACGAACAGAACACACAAGUACGGGCAUUAUGCAUGAGCCACGGGCCCACCCCCAUGUUCUUCUCGCUUCCUCCUUUAAUUGCAGCCAGCCAGCCAGACUGCCACCAGAGCAAGCUCUGCUUUCUUGCUUGCGCGCGCGACCAGGCCCAGCGGCCCAGCCUCUUCUUCCUCCUCCCGUCGUCGUCUCCUCAACCACUUCAGAUCCUCUCCUUCUCCCUCUCCGAUCCGUCUGGUCUUCAAUUCCGUCGAGCUCGAGCUCGACUCCUCACUCGAGUACUCCACAGCAAUAAUUUCAAUCCAUUCCAUUCCAUCCACCACACAUCGCCUCACGCACGGAAGUAUUCCGUCGACCGCCUUGCUCCCAGAAAUGGGCAAGAAAGGCUUGGUCUCCAUCUUCUCCAGGCUCGUGGACUCCGGCGCCGCCUCCUCCAAGCCGACCGCCGCCGCCUCCCCGCCCUGGCCGUGGCCGCCCUGCGGGACCAACCCGCAGACGGCCUCCUUCCGCGCAGGCGCUGGCGCCGGCGACGACGACGAGCCCUGCUGCACGUCGACGGCAGCAGCAGCCGGUGGUGCCGGGAAAAAGCUGACGGUGAUGGCCCACGCGGCGGCGCCCGGCGAAAUGUACAAGACAGUCAACUCGGUCUACCAGCUGGACGACCCCGCCGCGGACGACUUCUUCUCCUUCUCCCUCGCCCGCGACGGCGACGAGGAGGGGGUGGCUGAGGUGCUCUACGACCUCCACGACGACGACGACGACGACGACAGCUUCUCGACCACGACGGCGUCCGAGGAGUGGUCGGAGGCCGUGAUCCGCAGCCUGGGCCGGACGUCCACCGACCGCUUCUUCUUCGACCCGCCGGGCCCGCUGCCGGCGUCCAACUCCAUCCUCGCCACGGCCGCCCCCGGCUCAGAGCCGGCGAGGAAGAAGAAGGCGCUUCCGGCGUCGACGACGGAGCAAGAGGAGAAGAUGACGGUGAAUACGCCGCCCGUCGGCCCCGAUGACGCGGACGACGACGUCGUCGUCAAGAAGCAGCCGCAGUCGCAGCUGACGACGGCGGCAGCGAAGAUGUCUCUGGCAGAGCGCAGCGUGGCGGUGGCCGUGGACUCGGGCGACCCGUACGGCGACUUCCGGGCGUCGAUGGAGGAGAUGGUGUCCGCGCACGGGCUCCGCGACUGGGCGGCGCUGGAGGAGCUCCUGGCGUGGUACCUCCGGAUCAACGGGAAGCAGCACCACCACCUCAUCGUCGGCGCCUUCGUCGACCUCCUCCUGGGCCUGUCGUCGUCGUCGUCCCCGCCCUCAAGUACUGCUGCCGAGACUAGCACCACCACCACCACCACCACCACGUCGAGCAGCAGCAGCAGCAGCAGCAGCAGUACCACCACCGGCAGCCGCUGCACCAGCACGACCGCCGCACCAUCAGCAGCAGCGGUGGUGGUGGAGCAUGAGCGUGGCGGAGGAAACCAAGCCGCCCCUUGCUCCUCCUCCUCGUCGUCGUCAUCCUCCUCAUCCUACCGCGCCGCCCCGGCCGACGUGGAGGCCGCGGCGGUGGACGAUGAGGAGGCAACUCAGGCAAGUGCUGGUGGAACUGGCAGCGACGGCGAUCGUGUUCGCGCCACUGGUAGUGCUCCACUGCGGCUUGUCGCCUGAAUGGAUGACCUUCUAAUCUCGAAUCUCGAUACCGUACCUCUUGCUGCUGACGAUGAUUAACCAAGCAAAAUUAGUUAACGACAGGGUGAUUAAUUGGACGCUGUCACUACACUCUUGAUCGGAGUACUUUUUUUUUCUAACUACUAGUGACAUGUAGUAGUGCACUAGUGGUAGUGGUGCGCGUAGCAAUAGACUAGCAGCACUAGUAUUAGGUGCGGAUCAAAGGAUCCAAUGCAAUGUAGUAACAACUAGUUGUAGGAGUAUUAAUUGUAUGUUGUGUAGGGAGAGGGUUUCAUCGAAUUUCGGCGACUUUCAUUUUUAGUAGUAGUGGUAUAAAUGCAAAUUUUUGGUGAUUUUCAUUUCUAUACUACUAGUAUAUUGGUCC